AUGAUGAGUCGGGAUGAUAACAGCAAAGAGGAGCUUCAGCAUAAGCAUUACAGGUUUCUCAAUGAGCUGCAGAGUAUGGCCAGGGAAUUGCCUGGUAAAUUCCAACAACGUCUCCCGUAUGACCUCCUCUCAGCACUGGCCAAGGCUCUGUUGGACGGCACAGCUUUUGAAAUUGUGAAAAGUCUGGAGGAAGUGCAGCACUUGGAAGAGAAGAGUCUAUUUACUCAGCGCCUCAAACUCAUCAAUGACCACAAAUCUCAGCGCCAUGAAAUGAAUAAGAAGCACAAGGAACUACUCAUGGAAAACCAGCACAAACCACAUAAUCUCCCUUUGGUUGAAGCACAAGUAGAGAGAGAGUUAGAGACCAUGGACCGGCGUCUGGAGGAAGAGAUGAAGCGGCGAGACAUGAAGAUCAUUCUAGAACUUGAUCAGAAGCUGAUGGAUCAGCAGAGCAUGUUGGAGAAGGCGGGAGUUCCGGGCUUUUAUGUUACUAAUAAUAGGCAUGAUGUUAGACUUCAGAUGUACCUGCUGGAGUUCAUAUCGAGGCUUGCGGUCAAGGAGAGAGACACAGGUGUACGUCCAUGA